AGAUUUUUUUUAGUUUAUUAGUGAGAUUCGUGUGUGGUGGAUGUCGACGUGUAUUCUUAGAAAAUUAUAAUUACGAGCGGUUUUCGUGCGAGAACUCUGUGACAUUAAACACGGCAACUUAUCGUUUGGCUAGCUAGACUUCUUAAUAUAAUAACACCAAAAGUGCAAAUAUUAAAGUACGACCUACUUUUCGACAAGUUUCUUCCAUCUUCCUACGUCAACAGCCAGAAUGCCUCAUCGCGAGCCAACAGUAGUGGGAAUUCAAAACUUCAAUGCAGCAGAAGAUGCCGCCACCCUUCGCGCCGCCAUGAAGGGCUUCGGCACCGAUGAGCAGACUAUCAUUGAUAUCUUGACGUCCCGCUCCAACCAGCAGCGCCAGGCCAUCGCUCAGGCAUUUACACACGAGUAUGGCAGGGACAUCAUCGAAGACCUGAAGUCUGAAUUGGGCGGGCACUUCGAAGACGUGAUCGUGGCGCUGAUGCGGCCGGCUGAGGAGUACCUCUGCAAGGAGCUGCAUCACUGCAUGGAGGGCCUGGGCACGGACGAGGCCACGCUGGUCGAGAUCCUGUGCACCAGGACCAAACCCGAGAUCGCUGCUAUUGUCGACGCUUAUGAGAGGAUGUACAACCGUCCGCUAGCCGAGCACAUGUGCUCGGAGACUUCCGGGGACUUCCGGCGACUGCUCACCCUCAUCGUCACUUCUGGCCACAAGGGGGCGCGGGACGAGGAGGCGGGCGUGGACGCGGAGCGCGCGCGUGAGGCUGCGCAGGAGUUGUUCGACGCGGGCGAGGCCAAGUGGGGCACUGAUGAGGAGAUCUUCAAUAAGAUCCUGGCGCACGAGAGUUUCGCGCAGCUGCGUCAGAUCUUCGAGGAGUACAAGAACAUCGCGGGGCGCACCAUCGAGCAGGCUAUCAAGGCAGAGAUCGGGGGCGAACUCAAAGACGCCCUCUCUGCUAUCGUGGAGUGCGUGGAGAACGCCCCGGCCUGGUUCGCUCAGAGGCUGAAUAACGCGAUGGAAGGCGCGGGCACAGAUGACAAGGCGCUCGUGCGCAUCAUCACUAGUCGCGCUGAGAUCGAUCUCGGCAGCAUCAAGCAGGAAUAUGAGCGACUGUUCGAUAAGACAUUGCUCAGUGAUCUGCAGCAGGGCGAGACCUCAGGCGACUACAAGAGGGCGCUGGUCGCGCUCCUUGGCCCGGCGUAGGAGCCCUAAAGACAUGAAGCUCCUAACCUAUGCUCUUAGUUAUAUUUUGCGUUUAUUUCCAUUGAUCCUGUUUAAAUAGAACGAUUCACGAUUUGUAUUUCUAAUUUUCGAAAGAGGCAAAUAUCAAUAUGGUGUGGCGUAUUCCAUACAAUGUUAGAAAAAAUAUCUGUAUGGCUAUUUGUUUUGUCGAGUCGAAAUGGCUAAUUUAAACGAUGUUAAAUAAAUAUUUUUUCUUGAGAUUAAGAAAUUGUGACAGGGUUAGCGGAACGCCUGAAAUCUAUAUAGACCUAUCCUUUUAUUGAGUUUUACGAUCUCAAGAGCUGGUACAUUGUAUGUUUUUCUUCCUCUCCCAUAAUCAUGGAAGUCAUUAGCGUUGUAUGUAAACAGGAUUACAGCAAGUAGUGUAGGUGUUUGUGCUAUUAUUUAGAUAGCACCUGUUUUUGAUAUUAUAUUUCUUGACUGAUUCCCAACUAUUUAUUUCUUAUUGUCAAUUCGCUAUUGGAAUAUUUGAAUGUUAUAUUAUUGAUAUAUUUACUUAUUUUAUUGUAUAGUAUGCAAGCUUGAGAAGUGAAUGUUAAUAAUAUAUUUUUACGCAUAAUUUUAUCAAAGUUGUAUAAUUGAAAAUAGUAUUUUUAUUAUUGGAUAUACUAUAAAUCUCAACAUACGAUCUGAAUCUGUUACUAGACUCGCCAUCACAGCCGUGUACAUUGUUUUAAAAACAAGUACAUUUUAAUUUAAGUACAUGUAUGCUUACACAGUGAGAUUGUUGUAGCAAAUUAAGAUAUAAAAUUCGUUGUUGCAUUCCCUUCUUAAUUGUAAGCCUUACUUUUUUGUAUUGUCUAAUAAAUAAUUUUAAGAGA